GAAGAAACGACAGAGAUGCGGAGCUUUUGAGGAGCAGAAACAUCCAGACAACCUGUGAAGCUCCACAUGUCUCCUCCUCGCUCUGACUGAACAGGUUUCCAUCAAAGCUUUCAGCAGCUGUUUGAUUUGUGGAGCCAUUACAGCACGCUUCACCCUGAACCAACAACCUUCAGCCUCAGUCUCAGAUCAGUGUUUGAACAUGACGGGUCAGACUGUGGGAGGCAUCAUCCAGGACCCGUCGGUGCCCUCACUGCUGGAUGUGGAGCGGCCUGAGUCCAGGCCUCAGGGCCGGGCCGUGUCCUUCACAGACGAGGCGGUUUCCAUCCUGACCUCCACCAGCCAGCUGGCCCGGACCCUCCUGACUCACACCUAUGCCCUCAAACACAAAGAGAGCCUCGCCAAGGCGGAGUCGAUAGCCGGUGGCAGCAGCUGCGACGAAGACAACGGCAACGCUUCCCGCCGCAAACGAGAGUUCAUCCCCGACGAGAGGAAGGACGACGGCUACUGGGACAAGAGGAAGAAGAACAACGAGGCGGCCAAGCGGUCCAGAGAGAAGCGGCGAGCCAACGACAUGGUGCUGGAGCGGCGGGUCCUGGGCCUGCUGGAGGAGAACGCCCGUCUGAGGGCCGAGCUGUUGGCCCUCAAGUUCCGCUUCGGUUUAGUCAAAGACCCAUCUGAUGUUUCCAUCCUGCCGCUUUCUGCACCCCUCUGUGCUCACCCAGCACCCAUCACAGCACACCGCUACCAGUCUGAUGGGUCCUCAUACCCCAACACCCCACCCAGCACCCACCACGUCCAACACCUCUACGCACCGAGGGGACCCGGGCCCCUGCCCAGCCACAGUGUGUCCGAAGAGUCCGGUGUCUCCACCUCAUGUAACUCAAACAUGGGCAGCCCUGUGUUCUUUGAUGACGCGCUGGGUGAGCGUGUUGGGCGUUCUCCGAGGGAGCUGGUGGAGGAGCAGCAGGGCUACGAGCCUCACAUCUGUCCCCUGGAAGUCAACGAGAGCCACUAUGGAAACAGACAAGACUCACCUGAAAGUUUGAGGAGCCUUCCGCACAAACUCCGCUUCAAAGGGCCCACUGGUUGCCUGGAUGGAGGGCAGAUGUCUCCAGUGUGUGACACCAGACCCAGUGGACCGCCGGUCGCCACAGUGUGGCCAAACAGCCAGGUGAGGAACCAGCAGCAGCAGGCGGGGUGGGACAGUCAGAGUCAGGCUCCUUGGCCCAGGGAGGAGGCCUCUGGUGGGCUCGGGCAGCAUUAUCAGGGUCCGUCCUCUGGACAUUAUAACUCCUCGUCUCUGCAGAACUCCAGGGACACCAAGUGUUCGACAGAGGACGGCAGUCUCAGGUCUCAGAUCAGCUGUUUGUCUCAGGAAGUGGCUCAGCUCAAGAGGCUCUUCUCUCAGCAGCUGCACUCCAAGAUCGCUUAAAUGUUCCAUCAAAACAAUAAGAAAAGACGGAGCGUUGCCCUAUUUGUAGGCAGUCCUUCAGUUAGAAUUCCUUCAGUGUUCAUUGUUCAUUCAGUUAUCUGCAGAGGUCUUCAACUCUCCAAAACAAACUGACAAGGUGAUUUAAAGUUUAUCAUUAACAAUCAGUGUUUGCUCACCUUGUUUCUCUAAUCACUUUAGGUCCAGACUGUUUUUUUACCGGGAGCCAAAUUAACCGCAGAGGUCUCCUACUCUCCAAAACAAACAGUCCCUGUGAUUUAAACUGGUGAAAUCACUGAAUGAAGCAGUUUAAAGUUAAAAUACUUUGUUUCUCUGAUGCUGUUCAGCACAGGGGCUGGAGCUGAGCUGCCACUAACAUUUGCUCAACUUCAGAUCCUACGUCUGGUUUAAAUCUAUUGUUAAAAACAUAAAAUGUGGCUUGAAACUAGAUAAAAGUCCAUUUAUGGCCAUUUUUUGGCAGACAGCUACCAGCUGAUUCAGAGGUGACAGACAGACCUGUCAUUGAUUAAACAUUGUUGGAAACAUUUUGGAUAAUGUGAGUACACAACUCAACAAAAAUACACCAGAAAGGUUGCGUUGUUUUUAGACAAUUUAAUGCAGAAAUGUUACAUGUUAUACUUUUAAAGCCUGAGCACAAGGACUAAAGUUAAUGGACAUACUUUACACUACAUCUUUACACAAACUCUUCAUAUACAGCAUGUCCUCAUGUUAACAGUUACCUCUGAAGACGUAUUUACAACACUACUGUUUCACUGGAAAAGGUACGCUAUAAAGGAGCCUGUUUGUUCUGUGAUGCAGCACAUCACUGCCAGAGAACACUAGAACAUUUAACUUUUAAAACAUUGCAUAAUUUAAUUUAGAUUUGAAGGAUGUUGUACAUUUCUGAACACUAGAAUGAACAGGUUUGUCAGAAACACUGUACAUUCAAAACAAAGCACAUGGUUAUAAUUUGUAUGCUCACUUGACUCAGAUUGUUGAAUUGCAAUUUUUGUCUUCUAUGGGACAACACACAGUCUGUAGAGAGAAAAAGAGAUGGCUGGUUGCUCUCCAUACUAAACCGUAGAUCAAAAAUGUGCCAGGGAAAAAAUAUGAUAAACAGGAAGGCAAUCCUGGCACUCCAAAAUAUGAGAAAAAUAUCAACUUGGGAGGGAAUAUUAUAAAUUCUCUAAAUGUUUCAACCACUGGAAGUCCUCAACAGAUGUGGCUUAUCGGCCAAUCACAUGACCCGGUUAAUAACAUGACAGGAAACAAGUGGAAAUGAAUGAAAACAUGACAUAACAUGAGAUCAGAUUGCACAGAUUUAAGUUAGGAAGAUAGAUAACCAUAUAUAGGUUUUAAAACAGGCUUUUUGUCAACACUGAUACUGUAAAAUAACAUCAUGUGCUGUUCCAAAGAACAAGAAAAAUGACACCUUUUUUUUGAGUGUACUUGUUAUUGUGAUCUUCAUAUUGUUUACUGUGUCUGAUUUAUGUUGUGACAGCAAGUGUAUAGUUCAUUGUUCUUCAGGAUUAUAAUCAAAAUGAACUGUACUUGGAAAUAAAAGUAUAUUUUAUAUAAACAACUGAUAAAUCUUUUUCAUGGCAGAUUUUCUUGACUGUAAUAUUGUGUA